CUGGCCAAUCACAGCCCAACACACGAUCGACGCUGCCACGUCAAAUUCGACGGUGUGAGUGUGAAUGAAGUGGCAUUUUCGGCGUUUUGUUCAGCAUCGUCGGCCGAAUUUAAACUGUAGUUGUGAUCAGGCAUUCGCAAAUUAAAGAUGCGAGUAACAUUAUUUGCAGUAGCGAUAGCCCUUUUGGGUGCCGCUUUCGCCGAUGAAAUUCCGACAGAAGAUAAUGUACUAGUACUCAGCAAAGCCAACUUUGAAAAUGUUAUUUCUACCACUGACUUCAUUUUGGUUGAAUUCUAUGCGCCGUGGUGUGGGCAUUGCAAGUCGCUGGCACCGGAAUAUGCCAAGGCCGCUACUAAGUUGAAUGAGGAAGAAUCUCCCAUCAAACUUGCCAAGGUUGAUGCCACUCAGGAGCAGGAUCUCGCAGAAAGUUUCGGCGUAAGAGGAUAUCCCACGCUGAAAUUCUUCAAGAACGGCAACCCUGUCGAUUACACAGGUGGCAGACAAGCUGAUGAUAUCGUCGCUUGGCUGAAGAAGAAGACUGGUCCUCCAGCUGUUGAAGUUACAUCUGCAGAACAGGCGAAGGAACUGAUUGCUGCCAAUAAUGUGAUCACAUUUGGUUUCUUCCCCGACCAAGCCACUGAGAAGGCAAAGGCUUUCCUCAAUGUUGCUGGGUUGGUAGAUGACCAAGUAUUUGCACUUGUCAGUGAUGAGAAACUCAUUGAAGAGUUGGAAGCUGAAUCCGGUGAUGUCGUCCUGUUUAAGAACUUUGAAGAGCCACGUGUCAAGUAUGAUGCUAAAGAGUUUAACGAAGAUCUGUUCAAGACAUGGGUAUUUGUACAAAGUAUGCCCACUAUUGUGGAGUUCUCACAUGAGACCGCUUCCAAGAUCUUUGGUGGACAGAUCAAAUACCAUCUGCUUCUCUUCUUGUCCAAGAAAAAUGGUGAUUUCGAAAAGUACCUCGAUGAUUUGAAACCCGUUGCUAAGAACUACCGCGACAAGAUCAUGGCCGUCGCUAUUGAUACUGAUGAAGAUGAUCACCAGAGGAUUCUGGAGUUCUUUGGCAUGAAGAAGGAUGAGGUCCCUUCAGCCCGUCUCAUUGCCCUGGAGCAGGAUAUGGCCAAAUACAAACCUGCCAGCUCCGAGCUUAGUGCAAACACUAUUGAGGAAUUCAUCCAAUCAUUCUUCGCUGGUACCCUGAAGCAGCACUUGCUCAGUGAGGACCUGCCCGAGGACUGGGCAGCCAAACCUGUCAAGGUUCUAGUGGCCACCAACUUUGAUGAGGUCGUCUUUGACACCAACAAGAAGGUCCUUGUUGAGUUCUACGCGCCAUGGUGCGGCCAUUGCAAGCAGCUGGUGCCGAUCUAUGACAAACUUGGUGAGCACUUCGCCGCCGAUGAGGACGUCGUCAUCGCCAAGAUGGACGCCACCGCCAACGAGUUGGAGCACACCAAGAUCACCUCCUUCCCUACCAUCAAGCUCUACACCAAGGAUAACCAGGUGCGUGAGUACAAUGGCGAGCGCACGUUGGCAGGACUCACCAAGUUUGUGGAGACCAACGGUGAAGGCGCAGAGCCCACGCCCACAGCGAGUGAAGAUGAUGAAGACAACGAGGCGCCGGCGCGAGACGAGCUGUAAUAUUACGGCCA